GGCUGUGUGGGAUUGAGGCAGGACUGUAGUGUGCAGAGCACAGCGUCAUGACCCAGCUGCUUCUGGCCCUCUGGGCAUCUCUGAUGUUUGUGGAGCUGACCUGGGACUUGAUGAUCAUGGCGGCACCGGCCCAAAACCUGAGCUGCUUCCAGUGUUUCAAGGUCUCCCACUUCAACCAGUGUAAGCCCAAGAAGUGCCAGGCCAACGAAAACGUCUGUCUGAGCAACGAGGUGCUCCUUUACUCUAACACAAGGAGCAGAGUUCAGAUCAGCAAGCGCUGUGCCAUCGGGUGUUCCAACUCCAACAGUCUCUAUGAGUGGCCAGUGAACAAUAUAUUUCACGCCAAGAUCACCAGGCAAUGCUGUUCAGUAACUCUCUGCAACAGAGCACCCGACAACCGGGACCUACCAGAGAAGCUCCUGCCGCCAAUGGCUCUGAGCCUCCUCUGCACCCUGCUGUCCACACCUGUCCUGUGACACCCCCCCCCCCAACACACACACCCUUCUAGCACCUCCUGGUUUCCACUUCAAAUGGCUAUCCCACCUUCAUCCAUUCCAGGACUUGCAAGGUGAUGCUCAGUCGCUGAGGUAGAAAAGAGGACA